AUGAUGGAGACUCCAACAAGUCACUACUCCCGGUUUGCCUUUUAUUUGGCGUUGAUGCUAUUUUCCGGAAGAGAAGCUUUGGCUCAAAUAAGAUAUUCUGUUGCAGAGGAGGUGGACGAUGGCACUGUUGUUGGAAAUGUUGCGAAGGAUCUCGGGCUUGAUGUAACCUCUUUGGGUGACCGACGGUUCCGUGUUGUCUCUGGAAGUGAGGACAGUAUUUUUGAGGUAAACCAGAAUAGUGGGGCAUUGUAUGUCAGUAAUCAUAUCGAUAGAGAGGAACUCUGUCAGGGCAGCGGUGCUUGCCGCAUGGAGGUAAAAAUUCUUGUAGAGAACCCUUUGGAAAUACACUACAUAAUCGUAGAAAUUACUGACAUAAAUGAUAAUUCUCCUAGUUUUCCUGCAAGAGAGCAGACAUUUGAAAUAGCUGAACAAACACUGCCAGGGAAGAGAUUUCAGCUGCACACUGCUCGCGAUCCCGAUGCUGGAUUAAACUCUAUUCGUACAUAUACUAUAACCUCAAAUGAACAUUUUGAAGUAAAUAUCCGUCAAAGUGAUGCAGGAAAGGUACCGUUUUUAGUGCUUAAGAAAUCACUAGAUAGAGAACAAAAUAAUGAACACAAGCUAGUGAUGACAGCUGUCGAUGGAGGAAAACCUCCAAGAUCAGGCACAUUAAAUGUUACCAUAACUGUUCUGGACAGUAAUGACAAUCGUCCAAUAUUUAGUCAGGAGAUUUAUCACUUGUCUAUAAAAGAAAACAUACCCGUCGGUGCAUCAGUAUUUAGAAUGAAUGCGACAGAUUAUGAUGAAGGUACUAAUGGAGAAGUUGAAUAUACUCUCGGAAAAACUUUAUGGCAGAAAGUUUAUGAUAUUUUUGAACUGGACAAAAUAAGUGGAGAAAUUACGGUCAAAGGAGUAGUGGACUAUGAAGAAAACAACGUGUAUGAACUGGAUGUUGAGGUAUCGGAUAAAGGAACGCCUCCAUUGAUGGGCGAGUGUAGACUAAUUAUAAAAGUACUAGAUGUCAACGAUAACCCGCCUGAAAUCGAAGUUACAUCACUUUCAAACACAGUGCCUGAAGAUUCCAAGCUUGGCACCGUUAUUUCACUUCUUAGUGUGAAAGACAAAGACUUCGGUGUGAAUGGAAAAAUAAUAUCAAGCAUUAUUAAUGAAGUCCCUUUUGAAUUAAAACCUUCUUAUAAGGAAAACACAUACUCAGUGGUAACUAAGGAUGUUUUGGAUCGAGAGGUGGUGUCCCAUUAUGAAAUAACAAUAAAAGCCACCGACUGCGGUGAACCUCCACUAUCUACUUUUAAAACUCUGCGCAUUGAGAUAUCAGACGUAAAUGACAACAGUCCACAUUUCAAACAAAAUCCUUUAGAGUUUUAUCUCGUAGAAAACAACGCUGCUGGAAAGUCUAUAUUUUCUGUAAGCGCUUCAGACAAUGACUUAAAUGACAAUGCAGCUAUUUCAUAUCACAUUAUGAGAGAGGGGAGCCAAAAUGACGUUAUGCCAUCCCUGAAUAUAAACAGUGAUAAUGGACAAAUCACUGCGCUGAAAAGUUUUGAU